AUGCUUCGAAUUCAAAAUAUCAUCAGUUUUCUCUUUUUUCUCUGGAUAAAGUCUGUGAUUGCCUAUCGCUACGUUGACAAAGGCAUUGUUGCCUUGGACGUUGUUCCAAGGAGUGUGGAUUUCUCAUCCCCAAAUCCUCAUUUACAAAAACGGUAUUCUGCUCUCGUUUCCGAUGUAUCCACCUUUCCGUUGACCUUUCAGAGUUACGCCUACUAUACUACUACAUUAUCUAUAGGCCAGCCUGCAAUUCCGUAUGUUGUGGCUGUUGAUUUGGACAUGCCUUAUACUUGGCUUACAUAUUACAAUGUAUUGUCAUUUAAUCCAAAGUUUUUAGGCAUCGAAGUUGACGGUUCUCAAUGGGGUAGUGACGAACUUCGUUACUUCCUUUGCGAUGCCGAUGCGAUUGACUCCUGCUAUACAGGCAAUUCUUCGUUGAGUUUUUCCUUUAUGAAUAAUCCCAAGACGUAUUUAGUUAAAUACGACGAUAAUAUUACGGUUGCUGGAGUUAAUGUUCAAGACUCUUUAGUAUACAGUCAUUAUCAUGAACUUAAUGACUUUCAAUUUGGUAUUACAUUGAAGGAGUAUGUUCCAGCUUCUUUAUUGCCAUACAAAGGUGUUUUAGGGUUGGCUGCACCUUCCGAAAUUAAUAGUAUUGACUUUGUGGAUUCCAUCUCAAGUUUUAAACCGCCUACGUUUUUGAAUCAGUUGGUACAAAAUGAUAUUUUAAGUACACCGACCUUCAGUUUAUCAUUUGAUGCAACUGGAAACGGGACGCUGAUUUUAGGUGCUGUAGACGUAACAAAGUUUAGGGGACCUUUGGUUACACACAAGCAAACACGCAGCAGUCAUUAUUCAAUGACCUUGUACUCCGUACAAUAUAUAAAUUCUACAUUCUCCUCGAAUUUCUCGCUAGUGGUAGACGCGUACCUUCAAACUCGAGAACUAUUUAUGUACUUACCUUACGACAUAUCAUACGCUUUAACUGAUCUUAUGGGAGGUUUCAUUGCAUAUGGUUUCCUUGCAGUUCCCUGUAACAGCAUCGACGAUAAAAGCGGCGUCAACUUUCAGUUUGGCUGUAACUCAACGAUUUUCAUGAAGACUUCAAUGCUUGUUACACAAAAAAUCGACGAUAUUUGCGUUUUGGGUAUUCGCCCCACAUCAACACCACAGGCUGUAUUAGGAUUGGCUUUUUUUCGGAAUGCAUAUACCGUGUUUCAUCAAAAGGCAAAAACAAUUUCCAUUGCUCAAGCCUAUUAUAAUAUAAGUACAAACUUCACUGCGAUUUUAAAUGAAAAUGUUCCUGGGGCCAGUAUGUGCAAUCAGGUACCCACAAGCAGGAAACUCUCAGAAGUAGUUGAAACAUCUCAUUUUCCCCCAACUUACACACGAACAAAUUGGACAACCGAUAUAUUAAAUGACUCGGUAGCAACUACGCGUUUGCCUGCAUACAACGUAUCUUCAAUGAGAGGGACGAUGAAGGAUCAAAAUAGUUCUUCCCGAAAAGAGACAGCUUACUGGAUGCUUUUGGGGUUUCCAGCUAUUUUUUCAAUAAUACUAAUGAUUGCAAUUUAA